UCCGGGUAUAUUUUUUUCCCCCUUUCCCGCGUUACGAUGGCGGCGAUGGCCCUGUUUCUUUUUCUUGUUUUUUUCCUAUGGUUGCUUUCUUGUUGGUGGUUGCAGCGCUACCGCGGGCUGAGGAAGUGGCGGCGUCGAGACCGUCUGACGCUUUUCACCGAUGGACCAGAGGCGUCAGCGUCGUGGCGACGGGACGUUCAGGCCAAACGCGUGCUGUUCGUGACGGCGCACCCUGAUGACGAAGCGAUGUUCUUCGCCCCCACCAUCCUCGCCUUGAAAUCAGCCAGUCUGUGGCUGCUCUGCGGGUCCACAGGGAAUUAUUAUCAGCAGGGAGAUAUUCGUAAAGAGGAGCUCGUAGAGAGCUGUAAAGUGCUGGGGAUCCCUCCUUCCAAUGUGACCGUCCUGGACCACAGGAAACUUCCAGACCAUCCGUCCGCUGAAUGGGACGUUCCUCUGCUUGCGGAGUUGAUCCUCUCACAUAUCAAAACCUAUCGGAUCAACUUGGUUGUGACAUUCGAUGCAAGAGGAGCGAGCGGGCACCGGAACCACCGAUCGGUUUACGCCGCCGUCAGGUCCCUGCACUCAGAGAGGAAGGCUCUGGAAGGCUGUCAGUUCCUUAUCCUUGAGACAGUGAAUGUUUUCCGGAAAUAUAUGUCCCUCUUGGAUGCCCCCCUCAGCUGCUACACAAACCAGGAUGUCCUCUUUAUAUUGACGGAAAAAGAAACAGAACUGGCCAAGAGGGCGAUGCAGUGCCACCACAGCCAACUCCUCUGGUUCCGCCGCCUGUAUGUGAUGUUCUCACGCUACAUGGUGAUCAAUUCGCUGCUUUUCCUCUAACGGGGAAGAGAUUUCAGAUGAACUGGUGACACACACAGAGAGGGAGGAAGACUCGGCUCCCCGGGGCCCGGCCGCAUGGGAAAAUGGAACGGGACGUGCUCCGGACGGACCGGCCUUCUGCGUGGGAAGCCGUGCCCAGCCCGCUGCCAACGCGGCGUUCUUCCACAAGGCGUCACAAAUUUCUCCUUCCAGCUGCCACUUACGAUGUUCUUGUUGUGGCGAUGGGCACGCAAGAAACCACUGGGGAGCGCCCCUCGACUCCUUCAACUUGGGCACGAGUGCAGUGUGUAUUGUGCAGAAGGAUGGGGGACGACACCCCUCCUUCGAAGGUAUUGAAAUACAGGACCAAUGCUUUAAAAAUAUGUUUUUUUAUUUUUUCCAAAACGAGUCAAGAGUUUCCUCAAAAGUGAGAAGUGUCCUUUGGGACAAGGCAACUCAAGGACUGCAUUCAUACCGAACCCUAAACCUGAUUACUGAAUUAAUCCACAUUUCUCAAUUCACACAGUACACAAAGACAUUCCCCCCGGCCCUCCAAGACAAACCAAGCUUCUUACGCUGUGCGGAUCCAGGCACUAGGUCUGCAGCUGACCGAGUUAAGCCCGUCCUAAAAAUAGGCUUCUAGAGCAGCUAUUCUAAGCACCGUGAUGGAGCAGCGCCUCCUCCGAAGGAAACGGACCUGCCAAAAAACGUGUUCCUUU